GUUACAAUGGAGGAUGUGGAGUCAUGCUUCCUGCACCUUCUGCAGCCCAUCCGAGAUCUCACAAAGAACUGGGAGGUGGAUGUGGCAGCCCAGCUGGGGGAGUAUCUGGAGGAGCUGGACCAGAUCUGCAUUUCCUUCGACGGCGGCAAAACCACCAUGAACUUCAUAGAGGCGGCUCUGCUGAUCCAGGGUUCUGCCUGCAUCUACAGCAAGAAGGUGGAAUAUCUCUACUCUCUUGUUUACCAGGCCCUCGACUUCAUCUCCAACAAAAAGCGGGACAAACAGCCUACGUCCAUGGGGGAGGACGGCACCGACACUGACGUGAGCGCUGGGCCCAGGACGGAGGAGGAAGAGUUCCUUUCGUUGGAUGACAUCAAGGACACCAACGUGGUGAGCUUGGACAUGAAGAAAGAUCACCAGCCUAAUACUGUGAACAUUGUCCCCUUGACGCCGAUGGCCCUGGUACCCCCAGAGGAGACAGAAAAGAAGGACAACCCCCUGUUCAGCCGGAAGGGGGAGAUCCUGGCCAGCCGGAAGGAUUUCCACAUGAACACGUGCACCCCUCACGCCAGCGGAGCCUUCAUGCUGGAGCUGGCGGGCCUCUCACCCACGCAGUGCUUCCAAGCAAGACGCCAGGCUGGGGACCUUGGCAGUGCUACAGGAGGGCAGACUGCCGCCCCGGGAUCUGGAAACGCACCCAUGGAGGUCAGUGCCUGUGAGACUCCUGUCCCAGUCUUGAACUUCUCUGAAAAUGAAGGCGCUGUGGCACCAGACGGGGGUGGUGGUGGUGAUGAUGAUGCAGGAGGAGGAGGUGAUUUCUUGCCUGAUGCCCCAGAAGGGGGCGUGGAGACCAGUCCUGCUGCUGUCGAGCACAUUCAUCAGCAGAAGAGUGCGCCCGAGGGCAAGGGGUACAUGCUGCGGGAACGGGCCCCGGCCAUGGAGCCCAGUGUUCACAUCAAGGAGAUGCUGGAUCCGUGGCGAAGCCUUGACCCCUUUGACGACUCUGAGGAUAAGCCCUUUAAGAAAGGCAGACCCUUCACGGUGCCGCAUGACCUGGACAAUGUGCCCGGCAGCAAGCGGAAGAGGCAGACACCCAGGAAGCUGCAGGACUUCAUGAAGUGGUUCUCUGCAAGCCCCACAUGGGACCACAGCGCCCGCCCGCACCCCCCAGGUUCGGUGGCCCUUGUACUCAGCCUGUCUCCUGCCUGCCAUUUGGUGUGGAUCACAGGGACUCCCAUCCAGCCCAGUAACCCGCACCAGCUGCAUCAGGAAGGGACAGGAAACCCCAGAACAGAAUAUGCUGCCUGGGAAUUCCCCAGCUGGGGGCUGCUGCUGGGGAAGCAUCUGCAGGAGGAGGAGCAGCUGGAGGAGGCCGAGGAGGAGCUGAAUGCUGUGGAGGAGCGAAUGGACGAUUACCUGCACCACGACGGGGGGGCAGAUGACUUCCUGGAGCAGGAGGACGUCCACCCGGCAGCCCUGGAGCAGCUGGCCGAGGGCGACCUGGGCCCCUGCACGAUCCCUGACUCCCUGAGCUAUGAGGAGCUGGUGAGGAGAAAUGUGGAGCUGUUCGUUGCCAACUCCCAGAAGUACGCCCGCGAGACGGUGCUGUCCCAGCGUAUCCGUGACUGGAAGGACAAGAUAGAACCCAAGCUGCAGGAGCAGGAGGAGCGAGCCGCCUUCGACAUCCACAGCUACGGGGACCAGCUGGUGGCGAGCUGUGGGCGGCUGGGCGAGUGGCACUCCUUCGCCAGCCUGGUGGCGGGGAAGCCAGCCUUUGAGGUGUGUCGCUCCAUGAAAGUGACGUUAUUACAUCUCUGA